AUGUCGCCCAUGUACCUCGAGGAUAAACUCAACAUCAACCGGAUCGCCGUUAUCGGCGCCGGACCGUGCGGCUUGGCCGCCGCGAAAUACUUGGUGGCGGAAAAGAAAUUCUCCAAGGUUCAAGUCUUUGAACAGAGAGAUAACGUCGGUGGUGUGUGGACGUACAGCUCUCUGAACGUCAUCGACAGCGACUUCAGCAUCCCCAGGACGCGGCCUACCAAGAACCCAGACACGGCCAUCGCCGUUGAGGGUCAUGAGGCCAAGCAAUUUGUCUCUCCUGUGUACGACUACUUGGAGACUAACAUCCCGCACACUUUGAUGAACUACUCGGAUCAGGAAUUUCCUUCCGGUGCAUCUCUAUUUCCUCCACACCAAGUGGUGAAGAAGUAUCUUGAAGACUAUGCUGAGGAGUUGAAGCCUAAUAUCUCAUUGUCAACGCAAGUGUUGUCUGUCAAGAAGGCAGUGAAUGACAGUCAGGUGAAUUGGGAGAUUGAAACUCGGGAUCUGAGAACGGAUGAGACGAGUAAAGCCCCGUUUGACGCCGUCUUGGUCGCUAGUGGUCACUACAACGACCCUUUCAUUCCUGAUAUCCAAGGUCUUGCCGAUUUUGACAAGGCUCAUCCGGGCUCUGUUUCACACUCCAAGUUCUACAGAAACGCUGCGCAAUACGAAGGCAAGAAAGUUAUCAUCGUUGGCAACUCAGCCUCGGGCAUCGACUUGAGUGCGCAGAUUUCAACUGUCUGCAAACUUCCCAUCAUUAUCUCUGAAAAAACAGUACCAAAUACCCCAGCCGAGGACCGCUCAUCGUGGGCAAAGAUGCUCCCUGAGAUCGCGGAGUUCAUCCCGGAAGGCCGUAAAGUGCGCUUUGCCAACGGUGAAAUCGAGUCGGGCAUCGACGGCGUCGUUUUCUGCACAGGCUACUUCUACAGCUUUCCCUUCCUCCGCGACCUCUCCCCACCUGUCGUCACCGACGGCGCCUUUGCUCGCAAUUUGUAUGAGCACCUGUUCUACAUUGACGAUCCAACACUUGCAUUUGCCGGGAUCCCGCAACGCAUCGUGCCAUUUCCUGUCUCCGAAGGUCAAGCGGCAUAUGUAGCGCGUGCAUGGGCGGACCGACUGCGUUUACCAAGCCGUGCCGAGAUGAGAGAGUGGGAGAUACGUGUGCUCAAGGACAAGGGGGAGAGUAAGAUGCUGCACAGCCUCGCAUUCCCCAAGGACUUAGACUACAUCAACAUGCUUCACGCGCGGAGUCUCCAGGCCGAGAAGAGGCCUGGUUUGGAGAAUGACGGCGUCGGUAAGAUCCCACCGUUUUGGGAUGACGAAAAAAGAUGGACUAGGGAGCGGUUCCCGUUGAUCAAGAUCGCCUCACGGAAGUUGGGCGAGAAAAGGCAUGAAGUGACAACUCUAGAACAGCUUGGGUUUAACUAUAAGGCAUGGAAGGCUGGUUUGGGUGAGGAGGACAAGCUGCUGUGA